UUUGGUAGCUGUUCAUUCAACGCUUCGUUCGCUCCUCUACGAACCAGCUUCGUGUUUUCAGUGUGUUGUGAGUUCGUGAAUUCUCGAGUUCGUGCGUCGCUCAUUCGCUCGUCCGACGUCGUUCGUGUAUCGCCCCCGUUCGUGUACUGGUGCAUGUGUGUGCGUCUGGUGUGUGGGUGCCGGUAGGCAGUGUGUUUGAGCUCCAUAUAUUUCCCGCAAAUCUUCGAUUUUAGUUAGAAAGCACACAGCGAUCGGAUAUAUAGCUCAUAAUCGAAUUAAUAACCCAACAACAAAAUUAUAUAUAUAUUGCUAAAAAUAAUAAAAAUAAACAAAAUCCCAGUGAAAGUCACACACCCCAAAACAACACUCACACACAUAAAGUCUAAAGGCGGGCCGUAAAGUGCCGCUGGAAAAGUACUUCCACGUUUUAUUUUAUGCAUGAAAAGCUAAAGCAAGUGCAACCGCAACAACACACAAAUCUCACCCCUCACUCCUUUCAAGUCCCACAAAAAAUAAGUCCGAAUACGGAAAAAUAAACCUGGGAUUACAGCGCACACAAACAAACAAAAAACACAAAGUAAAUAAAAGGAAGCCAAAGGAAGUCAACACAAAAUCAUGUCACGGAUCGUUUUUAUAUUUCUCGCAGCCAUCUUAACAGAUGCGCUCACCUGGUCGCAGCAGGUGAACGUGGAACCCAACACCGCCCUGCUCAACGAGGGAGAUCGCACCGAGCUGCUGUGCCGCUACGGGAGAUCCAUCAACUAUUGCCGCAUCGAGAUCCCGGGCGAGGAGAAGGUCCUCAACCUGUCGCCCGAGUGGAGCAAGACCCCCGGCUUUACCUACUACGGAGCGGGCCUGACCGCCGGCCAGUGCGGCGUCAGCAUCGAGCGGGUGAAGGCCAGCUAUAAUGGCCAGGUCAAGUGCAGUCUGGGUGUCGAGGGCGAGGAGCUGUCGGGCACCAUCGAUCUGGUCGUGGCAUUGCGUCCACAGCAGCCCAUUAUUGAGCUGCUGACGCGACCAAAUCGCGAGGGUUACUUUAACGAGAACACCGAAUUCAAGGCUCGCUGCACCGUUCGUGAUGGUCGCCCGCCGGCGAACAUCUCAUGGUUCAUCGACAGCAUGCCGGCCAACAAGCGCACCACACCCCUGGACAUCCGUCCCUCCUCCAACACCAACAGCAACUCCAGGGACAACGUCGAGCUGUCGACCUCCGAGCAGGAGAUCCAGUGGCAUCUGUCGCCGGAGGAUAGCAACCGGAAGCUGGUCUGUCGCUCGCACCAUCAGACCGAUCGCGAGAGUUUGCCGCCCCAGGAGGCUGCCUACAUUAUCAAUGUGCGAUAUGCCCCCAUCCAUCAGGUAGAUGCCGCCGUGUAUGGAUUGUAUCUCGACCACACUGCCAUUGUGAAUAUCACCAUUAAGGCCAGCCCGCAGCCCAAAAUCGAGUGGACUAUCGAUGGAGCGAUCGUGUCACAAGGACGCACCGACGGACGCUACUCGGCGUACGAGCCGCAGUAUUUGGGCAACGACGAGUACAAUGUGACUUUGGCCAUCGCCGGACUUACGCUGGAGGACACCACGAAAGUGUACCAACUGCGGGCCACCAACGAACUGGGCAUGACGGACUACCAGGUGCGGAUUAGCUCGUCGAGCAAACCGCCGAGCAGCAGCCUCGACGUGGCCGCCAUUGUUGGCAUUGUGGUGGCUGUGGCUGUCUUGGUCCUGAUUGUCCUACUGAUUCUCUUUGCCCGCGCCACCGGUCGAUGGUGUUUUGGCGGCAAAUCAAUCAAGACGCCCACAAACGAAACUCAGAGCGAUAAGCAACUGGAAUUGGAGACCCAACAGAGCCAUGGCCAAAACGUGGCCCUACUGGAGACCCCCAAUGGCAUCACCCUUCUGGGCGCCAGUAAGUUGCGAGAGUCCAAUGGCGCCCCGGCACCCAAUGGCACCCAGGAUCGCCUCUCCGUGGAGACGAGGCGCAAGCCUAAUGACGACGACGACAGCUUCGAGUAUGGGACAGAUCGCGAGAGCAGUGUCUAUAAUCCCACGACUCGUCCUCUGAAGAGUAUCCUGAUGAGUCAGGCAGGAGGUCGCAACUCGAGGAGUUCCGCGAGCGACAAGGAGGACGGCACUGAGCAUGCUGAUCUCCUGCAGAAGGGGAACCAGCUGGGCAUACCCGAGUCGCGGUUCUCGCGCUGGCUGCCCAAGGAUCAACGCGAACUGAUCGAAAAGCAGGCCAUGCUGCUGUCAGGACGAGGCAAGGCCAAGGCUCCGCCAGCAACGCCACCGAAGCCACAGAAGCUGCAAAUUGGUGACACAAUAGCUGCAAAUAGCCAUACGACGACGACGGCAGCCACACCGACGACGCCAAAGAUACCACAGGAAACGGAAAUCUGAGCGUACCACGUGUCCCUGUGUCUGUGUGCGCGCGUGUCACAUCCAUAUUUAUUUAUUUUUACUCUUUUGGGAACAGGAAGCGAAGCGCAGCAGGAUUAGGAAUGCAAUGGAGCAGUUUUGUGGCGAAUCGGGGAAUUUUUGGCAGGGAAGCCGAGGUAGACAUAGCAAACAGAAUGAACAGAAAAGAUUAUUUUAGCAUUUUUCAGAAAGAUGUACCAAAAAUAUCUAGUUUUCUGGGUGUUGCUAUCCUAUCGCUAAACUGUGUUCAGAAAUAUUUAUUUCCAAAUUAAAUCAUAUCGGUGUCCUAAAGAGCAACGAGCUAUAAGCAGAGGCCCUUAGAACGAAUCAACUAAUACAAGUGCCUUAGGAUAAUAUAUUACAUAAAAAUAAAAACAAUUAAUUAAAUAAUAAUAACAGUUAAAUGUUAAAAAUUCCCCAAUAGUUACCGAGACGAAAAAUUCGUAUAAAUCUUGCAAACCUUUAAGCCUGCCACAAAACUGACUCCAAAGAUUGUCUUUAAGCUUCGUAAUAAGUCAUAAACGUUUCCUUACACCCUCAAAAACAAAACCAAACUGCAGACAUUUAAGACCUAAAACCAGAUCAAUGAAAACUGAUUCAUAUCAUAGAGAGAUUGAUGCCCGCGUGAAAUUAAGUUAUUAUCGAAUACGUUCAAUCGAAAUGCAAUUGCAUGGCAAGCAUGAAGCGACAAAAUCAUUGUUUUUUACACGUAUUUAUAUUGUAGUCACUCUGUACUAGUGGAAAGUGUACAUCUUAAGCCGAGCACUCUGUACUUUAUCACGUUAGUAUUUAAUUUCAAGGGCUGAAAACUUUGAGUUAACAUUUAGCGACACAAAAACUAUAACUGUAGCUUAGGACCUUUUGAUACAAGUUGUUUUCCCUUUUUUAUUAAUUUACACAAAACGUAUGGUUAAUAUUUAAUUAACGAAAAUAAAAACGGUUAAGAUUAAGAAGGGUUUCAUGGUAGUUUUUAUGGUCUGUAUUUAUUUAUAUUUACCCUGAAAACGUGUGAGUGUGUGUGAGAGGAGUGUUUUGAAUGAAAUGGCAUUUUGUGUCUGUGUGAGGGACUUAAGCUGAAAGGAAAAAUUCUAACAAUGGUGCACACAUAUCAAAGCGGAAUUUCCCCCAUUCAGUUUUGCAUUUUGCGAGCAUAACAAAAGCAAUAUCAUUAAAAUACAAUAGCAAUUUCAUAUAUUUAUGCAUACAUAUAUGAGAGACGCAACGCCAAAUACAUGUGGAAACAUACAAAUACAAGCACAAACACAAACUCAGAUAUUUGUAGGUAGGAAAAUGUAUCUGGCAGAUACUUGUUGAACUUUUCCAGACUUCAGGCAGACUGACAUUCAAAUGAGGCGAAAAAUAUUUAUAGAAUAUAAAUGGAACUCGUUUCGGCCAAAGCAAAAGCGAACGAAGGUUGAAUGGGAGCCUGAAAUGGGUUAAGAGUCGAUAGGAGCCCUUAAAGCCCUUAAAGUUAUUAUUAUUAUUAAAUUAAAUUAUUAUUAAGGCCAGUAAAGACCUGUUUCAGGGUAAUUGCCUUGCAAUUCUAUUUGUUUAAUAUUACAGGCACCCUCCCCACAACAAUUUGCCGUUUAAAAAAUUAGUACAAAGUGGAAAACUUUAAACUCGGGCUAUCGAAUUCUUUGGCCAACAACAAUUUGUUAUUUAAAUGAGAUACAAAAGUUUGCCCUCUUGGAAUAUUUCUGCUUUUUGCUAACACAAUUUGCCGGUUUUAAUGGAUCCAAGCAUACACACACACACACACCCACACACGUACACAACACACACAGCGAUAACAAUUACGCCACUUACCCCAACCAAAAACAAAAGUUCGUUUUAAGCCCACUAACAACCAGAGAUAGUAGUGAGCGGGGGGAGCCUUUUAAUAAUCCCAGAAAAGUGCCAAGUUAAGACGACUCCUAACCACACACAAUCGACUAACCCGAACGGUCACCUGGCUUUUAAUUUAAUUUUAAAUAUUUUCAAUGAAAAGCAGCAGUAAUUAGUAUCGAAAAAAGAAAUCAAA